AUGCAUCUGAAAUUCGAAAGAAUUCCUGCUGGAGAUCUUACGAAGAAAGCUGAGUACUUUGGAGUAUCAGAUUUUGCCAGAGUUCAUCAUUCUCCUCGUCCUGAUCUCGCGAUCUCCAAAAAAUGGGGUCCAAGAUCUUUCUUCAUCCCUUCAAGGCAUGAACAAAGUGUCGAAGAGAUUGAUAAUUUUGUUGUUCGACCGGAUGACGUGUGGAUUGUGGGCUUUCCAAAAACCGGAACAACAUGGACACAGGAGAUGGUUUGGCAGAUUUGCAAUGAUCUUGAUUUUGAGAAAGGAAAAUCAAUUCAACUGUACAAACGAUCCCCAUUAUUUGAGAAAGGUACAAGUUUUAGUUUUCGUAGCACUACCCAAUCUUUGGCUAUGAUUGACGCAUUGCCUUCUCCGCGAAUCAUUAAAUCACAUCUCCCAGCUCCUCUUUUGCCAAAAGGCAUCUGGACUGUUAAACCAAGGAUCAUCUACAUUGCCAGAAAUAUUAAGGAUACGGCCAUUUCCUUCUACCACCUGUACAGAAAUAUUUUAGGGUACAGAGGAACUUUCAAUGAUUACAUGGAGGCUUUUCUUGGAGAUGCUGUUAUCUUCACACCUCUUGAGGGUCAUAUAACUGACUACUGGAAUGUUAAAAAUGAGAGCAACGUUCUCUUCCUAACUUACGAAGAAAUGAAGAAGGAUCUCAAGGAAGUCUUAAGGAAGACAUCGAAAUUUCUCGGGAAAACCUACAGCGAGGAUCAGAUUAAAGCUCUCGAAGAUCAUCUUUCUUUCAACAAAAUGGCCAGCAACAAAUCAGUUAAUUUCGAAGGACAUCUCAUUGAGCUUUCCACCAUAACACGUUCCGAUAGAGAUAUGGAAUUCAAAUUCAUGAGAAAAGGAAAAGUCGGUUCGUACAACGAAGAAAUGACUCCAGAAAUGAUUGAGCAGUUCGAUACGCAAAUCCGAAAAAGGCAUUCAGAGUACAAGGCAGCUCCAGAAUUGCUUGAUAUCUUUCUAGGCAAAGCUUAGUAAUUUAAUUGGUUCUUUUGAUGCAUAAAA